AUGGCGCCGGGCAGAAUAGAACCCAACGGUACAUCUACCAAUGACACCAACGGCGAGCAUCUGAGCGUCAAAAAUGUCGAAAAACUCGGUACCUCUGCUAGCUUUGCCAAGGCCCGUGCUGAGGAUAUGGCCAAGAGGGAAAUCGAUGCUACGGUCAUGCGUUAUCCAGAGACAGGCAUAAAUGUUCUUAUUGUUGGUGCUGGUCUUGGUGGUCUUGCCUGCGCCUUGGAAUGCUGGCGAAAGGGACACACUGUCCACAUCAUCGACCGAAGUUCCGGCCCUGUCUGGACCGGUGAUAACAUUCAAAUCCAGCCCAGUGCUAUUCUGCUCUUGCGCCAUUGGCCCGACUUGGGUUAUGAGGUUGAGGAUACCCAGUAUGAUGUGGAAAUGUCAUACUACAAGCAAACAGGAGAGCGCAUCUACGGUCCUAGUCCGCCAAUGUUCAACGACCCAGAGAGUCUGAUUGGGAGAAGGGGGUUUUCGUCUGUCAACGCCCACAGUCGCAUCAAGCUCUAUCGAGCUUUCUUGGACCAAAUUGAGCGCAUUGGACUGAAGAUUGAAUGGGGCCACAAGGUCGUAGAAUUCUGGGAAGACGUUGACCAAGGCGUGGGAGGUGUUGUAUUCGAAGACGGAGAGAAGCGAACCGCUGAUAUCGUCGUCGCAGCUGAUGGCCUUCGGACUGCCUCCGGGACUAUCGUUCCUGGAAUGCCCACGGAGUUGAAGGCGAGCGGAAAGGCCAUCUAUCGUGCUGCGUUCCCCAUUGAGCAUGCGCUGCGUGACCCAACUGUUCAGGCACAGUGGAACUUCAAAACAGAAGGCAGACCUAUUUGGCAGUUCUGGAUUGGAAAUGGUGCUCAUGCCAUGAUUUCGCUCACAAAGGACAUUGCAUUCUGGAGUUUCAUGCACUCGCACGAUGAAUCAGCCAGGGAAGCAUGGAUUCCUGACGUUGAUCCGGAAGAAGUAAUUGAUGUCAUGGAGAAAAGUGUGGCCGUCCACCCAGCCGUUGCGGCACUCAUCAAAACAACACCGAAGGGUUCCGUCGUCAACUGGCAACUCAAACUUCGAGAUUCUCAUGAACAAUGGACCUCACCCGGUGGCCGCGUAGUCCAGCUGGGCGAUGCAGCACAUGCUUUUCUGCCAACGUCCGGCAAUGGUGCUACCCAGGCCAUCGAAGAUGGCAUCACCUUGGCAACCUGUUUACAACUCGGUGGCAAGUCGCAGGCGGCCAAUGCCACCAAGGCGUAUAACAAGCUCCGCUACCAGAGAGUAUCGUGCGGGCAGAAGAUGGGGUUUGUCAACCAACAGCUGAAGCAGCACACUAACUGGGAUGCAAUCGACAAGAAUCCAGCGUUGAUUCGCUCUCGCUACCCGCGAUGGGUGUGGUCUCAUGAUGCAGAAGCUUAUGCGUAUGAGAAGUUUUGUGAGGCUCUACAUCAUGUUCUCAGUAAUGGGGAGGUGGCGCUAAGGAAUACUAAUUAUCCUCGGGGUCACAAAUUUCGAUCCUGGACUAUGCAAGAAGUACAAGAGCAAAUUAAAGCUGGUCAGAGCCUAGAGGCUCUUCAGGAUGGUGACUGGUCUUAA